AAAGCGAGAUUGGGGUUCCGCCUAAAGUACUUCCUAGAGAGAGGCAGAAGAUACAGCAGCUAAAGAAGAUGAAAUUCGGAGGAAUUCUUGGAUUUGACAAUGGAAUUAUAUUAGCACCUAUGGGUGCUGAUGUCUCUGGACCUCAACUCGUAGCUGCUGUUGCUAAUGCUGGUGGUAUCGGACUCAUUGCCAGCCCUGUUAAUAAGUACGAGUUGAUGGUGAAAGCAAUACGGCAAACAAGGAACCUAACAAAGAAACCAUUUGGAGCAGGAAUAUUGUUGGAAUUCGAUCAAGAGAAAACAAUCAACGCAAUAUUUGAUGAGAAACUGGCAUGCAUGGAAGUAUAUUGGGGUGAUUUUCCAAAAGAAAUGGUCGAUGAAGCUCAUAAACAUGGCGUCAAAGUCAUCCAUCAGGUAGGAUCAGUCAAGGCAGCUAAGAGAGCACUAGCAGCUGGAGUGGAUUGUGUUAUAGCCCAAGGUGUUGAGGCUGGUGGUCAUAUUGCUGGUACAGUUUCCUUGACGGCGUUGGUACCAAGAGUAGUUGAUGUUGCUAAAGAUUGGGGAAUUCCAGUGGUUGCAGCUGGAGCGAUCAGUGAUGCACGGGGAUACGUUGCCGCCCUUGCGCUUGCUGCCAAAGGAAUAUGUGUGGGUACAAGGUUCAUAGCUACACAUGAGGCGUAUGCGAAUGACUACUACAAACAACAAUUACUAAACUACAAGGAAAAUCAAACAGACCGUACUGAUUUGUAUGAACGUCUCACUUGGAGAGCUUAUGUUCGUUGUCUCAACACACCAUUUCAACAGAAGUGGCAUGACGCACCUGAUACAGUUCAAAACGACGACUCUCAACCUAUCAUCGGAAAGUCCAUCAUAUACUCCAAUGAAACAAUUCUUCGGAGAUUUUCAGGUCAAGUUGCAAAUCCUACUACUACCGGAAAACUAGAGGAUAUGGUGAUGUAUGCCGGCCAAGGUGUAGGGCUAGUGAAUGAUAUUGUUUCGGCACGCGAAGUAAUUAGGAGAUACAUAGACGGGGCAAAAGCCAUAAUACAAGAAAUGGGUCAAAUAUAUCUGACUGAAAAUAAUCAUAAAGGACAUGGAGCUAGCAUUGAAGAAGAAGAUGAUGAAGCAGACCUUAUAGUGGAAGAUGGCUGGGCUUGGGUUUAAAACAAGUGUGAUUUGUGGCACAUUGGACCCUACUAUUUAGGGGUGCACAUACCCUACCCAUAUCCGCCAAUCCUACCCUACCCGCCAGUGUUUUAACCAUAUCCUAUCCUACCCACUAUUUGGCGGGUAGGGUAACGGGUAAAGAUUUUUUUAACCGCCGUUAGAUGGGUAGGGUGAUGGGUAAAGUUCGAAAUUAUCCUACCCUACCCGCCUAUUUAUCUAACAGCCGUUUGUAGCCGAUGAUCUUUCUAUUAUUGAUCAUCUUUGCCGUUGGUUUUUUAUUAAUCAACUCAACCUAAAAACUAAAUUCAUUUUCGUUUCAUCUCUUCAUACUUCUCCUCCCUAACGAAGGGCCAGUACUGUUGCAUCUCCGCCACCUCCACCUCCACCAUCUUCUCAACUUGAGGUCAGAGAAAGUAAGAAGCGGAAGAGGACAUCUUGGGUAUGGGGGCAUUUUACGACGAGUUUUGAUGAAGAUGGUAUUAAAUGGGGGAAGUGUAACCAUUGUGAAGGCAUGAUGCUUUUGUUUGUUCAUUUUUUCCUAGUUAGAUUGGCAGUACCAUUGGGUACAUAUUUAGAUAGGAUGGCUCUUAUUUGUUGUGUUGUUGCAAGAUUUCAUUUUUGUUUUUGGGAAACAUUUUUUGUAUACACAGUCAAGGUAGUAACUAGUAACCAGAAAAUCCAGAAUAUAGAAAAUUAAAAAAGAAAAGAAAUAAAAAACGGUUAUACCUGCCACCCUAUCCUACCCGACCCGCCAAUUAAUGAGUCGGGUAGGACCUUAUCCGUUUAGUGGCGGGUAAAAAAUUUCUUACCCACCAGUCAGCGGGUAGGGUGGCGAAAUAGGCCAUAUCCUACCCACCCUACCCG